AUGUCCAGAAGAAACUAUACUGAAGUGACAGAAUUUGUUCUCUUGGGUCUAACAAGCCGUCCAGAGCUGCAAGUUGCCUUCUUUGCGCUGUUCCUUUUUGUCUACAUAGUCACUGUGGUAGGAAACUUGGGGAUGAUUAUUUUAAUCAAAGUUGAUUCUCGACUUCACACUCCCAUGUACUUUUUUCUCUCCAGUUUGUCCAUUCUAGAUCUGUGUUUCUCCACAAAUGUCACUCCCAAAAUGCUAGAAAAUUUCUUUUCGGAGAAGAAGACUAUUUCCUAUGCAGGUUGUUUGGUGCAGUGCUAUGUUGUCAUUGCUGUGGUCCUUACAGAGCACUGCAUGUUGGCAGUCAUGGCAUAUGACCGCUACAUGGCCAUCUGUAAUCCAUUGCUCUACAGUAGCAAAAUGUCCCAAGGUGUUUGUGUCCACCUAGUCAUUGUCCCUUAUGUGUAUGGUUUUCUUCUCAGCAUGAUGGAAACCUUAAGGACCUACAACCUCUCCUUCUGUGGUGCUAAUGAAAUCAACCAUUUCUACUGUGCUGAUCCUCCUCUUAUCAAACUGGCAUGCUAUGACACAUACAGCAAGGAGCUGUCCAUGUACAUAGUAGCUGGCUACAGCAACGUCCAGUCCCUUCUCAUCAUUCUCACAUCCUACAUGUUCAUCCUUGUCGCUAUCCUCAGAAGCCGUUCUGCAGAGGGAAGGAAAAAAGCUUUUUCCACAUGUGGCUCCCACCUGACAGUUGUCACAAUCUUCUAUGGAACCCUCUUCUGCAUGCAUUUGAGACGCCCCACAGAGGAGUCCGUGGAGCAGGGGAAAAUGGUGGCUGUGUUUUACACCACAGUGAUACCCAUGCUGAACCCCAUGAUCUAUGGCCUCAGGAACAAGGAUGUGAAACAGGCAUUUAAAAAAGCAAUAGGAAAACAAACAUUGGGAGAAUAA